AUGUUGAAUGGCAGAGAAAAAAUGGCUAUUCUUGUACUUUCUCUUUUCUUUAGUGCACUCAUGGUUUGUUUCUGCUUCAUCCUGAUGAUCCAUUUCGUCAUGGAAUUGGCAGCUGUCAUGAACAAUAGAGCUAGAAAACAGCAAGAAGUUCUGUGGGCAGGAUUUGGCAUUGCUCUUUUCUUAAUAUUUUCCUUUGCUUUUGUUGUCUUUGCCAUAUUUUCUGGUUGUGGCAUGGUUUAUAUAGUGAAUAGUAGCACCAAGAUUGCACCUGCACCCACUCCUGUGGAAUCAGAGCAGCACCCACCCAUGGUUUAA